UACAAAAGGGAGGACAUGGAGAAACACGGAAUAAUGUUAAGUACACAGAAAAUUCACAGAGGAACACAGACGACGCGACGAGGAGCACAGGCAGACACGCAGUAUAAAUACACACAUCAGGUAAUCAGGAAAUGGCACACAGGAGGGGAAACAGCUGGAACUAAUGGACAUAAUGAGACACAAACCUACAAAGUAAAACAGGAAACUCACAGACUGUUUUACACAACCAACUGGGGACACGAACAGAACACAGAGGAGAGACACAGCUACAACUUUGCCUCCUUCACAUCCUGUCUUUCUUGGGAGCUUGGCAUUACUUCACUGAAUUAUUCAUUUGUCGACGAUUUACAGAGUCACCAUGAGGACCAAAGCCAUCCUUCUUGCGUCAGUGUUUAUACUGAUACUCUUGAUUCCCGUAUCUUUUGCUACCAGCUCUCAAAACUAUACUCUAGAGAACAAUAUGACAUCUACUCAAACUUUAGGCUAUUCACACUCUCCCUCUGGAGCUACAAACAGCACAACAACAUCCUUCCCAACAUCCGAUUCAGUUACAGUCGUUCCAUCAGGUACAAAAAAUACAGAUCAAUCUGGCACAACUCCCUCACCCUCCCCACCUGGAAAGGCAGUGAAGACUUGGCUUAUUGUCAUUCUGUUGGUUAUCAUGGUUUUGAUGGUGCUUGUGGCAUAUCUCCAUCAUGUGUGCCAGCAGUCCGACCAUAGCGGCUCUGUGCCCAGGUUCCUAUUAGAUGUGAGGGAGAGGCUGAGAACCUGGAUCAGGAACCUGGAGGACCACCUGGGUGUUCAACUUUGGCCAGGGGACAAGAGAACAGCAGAGGAUGCCAUGGAGGACACAGAAGGAGGACAGGCAGAUGAGGGAGAGGUGUGGAGGGGUGGAGAAGGAGCUAAUAAUGAACUAAGCAACGAGGAAAAAGGAGAACACAAGGAGGAAGACAGCGACACUUCGGAUGACUGCUCAAGUUUGGAGGGGGAUGAUCUGAGGGAGAGGGCACUAAACAGACAGAAUGAAGAGGAGGGGAACCAGAGCAAGGAUGAGGAUGAAACGAGUACCUCAAGUGAUGAAGGUCAAAGUCAUUCCGAAGGAAUGAGUGGUGGAAAUAAAAAUGAAGAUUCUGAAGAGACUGCACUUGUAAUUUCCCCUCAGCAGGAUUUAUGUGAUGUGACUGUUUUAUAGUGAAACAAUGCAUUUUAUUGUUAGAGUUUAGAUAGUUACUUUAUCGACACAGUUGCCUCUGUGCUCUACAACUGAAAUGCCAAUGUAAAAAGAAACAUUGUCAGUGUGUGAUGAUCUUCAAAUAAACCUUUAAAAAAAAAAAAAAAAAUCAUCUGU